CUGGUUUCAGUCCCCAAAGCCACAUUUCCCGGUGUCAGUGCAGCCGGCCGGGCUGUUUAUUUUAGGAAACCCAUUUGCACACGCCCUUAUAGGCAGAGACAGGCUCUGCACCCACAUUCUUCAAAAGAAGAGAAGCCAGGAUGAAGAGCUCUUUGUUGCUGUGCGUGGCCUUGGCCAUCUCCUUGGGGAUCAUCCUUGUGGCAGGGUACCCUCUGGAGCCCAAGGAUGAGGAGUAUGUGCUGGUCAAUAACAAGUGUCAGUGUGUGACAAUGACCUCCAAGAUCGUCCCCUCCAAAGAAGACCCUGAUCAAGAAGUCCUGGAAAGACACAUACGUAUCCUAGUCCCCCUGAAGGCUCGAGAGAACAUCUCUGACCCCUUGUCCCCACUGAGAACCAAGUUUGUCUACAGAAUCUCUGAACUCUGCAGAAACUGCAGUCCUGUAGAGGUUGAUCUGGGUGGGAGGAUCGUCCAGGCCCAGCAGGGCAACUUCUGUGAUGAAGCCCAGACCUGCUACACCUACGACAGAGAGCAGUGCUACAGCUCCCCCGUGCCCUUCCUGUACCAAGGGGAGGUGAAACGUGUCCCAGCAGCUCUGACACCCACAUCCUGCUAUGCUGAUUAGGUGAACCCCUGCUGUGCUGAAGCCUGGCUGCACUCCCUGUUCCCAUCCCAGAUACAGGUGUAGCAAUGUAGUACUUGGGUGACAGUGUCCCAAAUACCAGUCCUUACAGCAAUGCCAGCUUGUCUCUCCAUAUUUUCAGCAUGAGACUAGUGCCAUCUCCCAAGAACAGCUCCUGGUUGUCAUCAACUCUGUUCUCAUACCUGCAAUGCCAGUACAUGUCUCAGACAUGAUCACUGUAUAGACCACAGAUACAAAUCAGCGAUCCCCUUGAAGCCAAGGGAACCACACUGAUUUACAGCUCUGGGGAACCUGUCCUUGACAGUCUCCUGUGUGUCUCCACCUGAGCAAGGCUGCCACAGACAUCAGCAGGAAUGUCUGUGCACUUCCCGAGCCAUCUAAAGCAAACCUCUGCAUUCCCUUCAUGCAAGGCCCUUUGAUGACAUUAGCAGGAUUUGUGCCACCCUUAGAAGGCUGUUGUACAACCAUAUUUUAGGGAUGGGAGUUCACAUUUCAAAGUUAUUUUACAAUUGAUCAUCCUAGACCCUUCUAGUACUUGGACAUCUGCAAGCUUUUAGUUCUCACAGAUUCAGAGAAGAUCAAAAGAUGCCGCUACCCUGAAGUGUUUUGCAAAGUUGCCAAGACCUCAGCUGUGCCAGGAACAGCCAAAUCUUCCGGGAGAUGUUGGGCAGUUCACUUCCCAUGCUGCUUCACUGCUACUGCUGCCUUCUUCCACCCCUGCUCCCACUUGAAUUGUUGAAAAAAAAAAAAUCAACUUGGCUCAAGUUUCUUUUCUUCCUUGCUUUGUAUUUAAAGCUUCAAAAAAUUAUAUGAAGGGGGACAUUAAGUGCAAGAGCAGGACCCUGGUUUGGGAUUCAGAAUUGGAGUAACGAAAUAGCAAAAACCUUAUUCCUAUAAUUGUAGCUUUAUUAGUGAAAUAUUCAAUAAAAUUUUGUCUGCAUCAGUC